GUGUUGAGGAUUUUGCCUGUCUCUGAGGUUUGUCCAGACAUCUGGUGGUUCGAGUCCCGCCCUGUCCUGACCAGUCCGCGGUGUCAGCGAGAAGUGUGUCAGUGACGUGCGACCUGUGAGGUGUCGCCUGUGACGUGUGACGCUGAGUAGUUACCGGCUGCAGGUGUGACUUGUGAGACGACCCCCGUCUACCUACCUACCUACCUUCUCACCCACUUUACAUUACUGAUUCGGAAGGGAGUUUUGAGCCCUCCCGCCCGCCCGCACACCUACCAGAUCCACGUAAUAGAUUCUCAAGGAGUUUUGAGACAAGAGAAACUUUUGAGACGACCCCCGUCCGUUUACUAACUUCGCAUCAUAAUCAAAUAUCAUAGAUUGUCAAGGGAGUUUUGAGCCUAAGGAGUUUGAGACCACCCCUGUUAGACGCACGCACGCAUUACUGAUUCCACAUAAUAGAUUCUCAGGGGAGUUCUAAGACUCUGGAGUUUUGAGACGCCCCCUCCUGCCUGCCCACCUACUCCCGUCACAUCAUAAUAAUAGAUUCCGUGAGGAGUUUUGAGACGACCCCCGCACGCGCCCCGGUGGUGAGCCCAGCAGUAUGGCAGGCAUGUCCGGACAGAACGGGCCCAUGGAUAGUUCGGCUGAUGACGCUCAGAAGAAGCAGGGGACACG